AUAUAUAAAAACAAACAGUCACAUCCUUUCUCUUCGUUUCUAUGCGAUACCUGCGUCGCACACCUGGAUUCCGGAAGGGCUGUGACGUCAGCGGGACAAGGUGUCCGGAGGCGACCUUUGCCGAGUUCAAGAAGCAGUGUUUAUCAACGGACAACUGGGCCAACAAGUACGACAAGUACGGGAUGAAGGUGUGGGUGGAGAGUCCGCCGGCGGAUAAAGGAAACAACGUCGCCAGAGUCCACAAGAUCAAGUGUUCAAUGAAGAUCGACGACGUGUCAGCCGCCACCAUGUAUGACGUCGUCCACGACGGCCUGUACCGCAAGGAGUGGGACCCCGCCAUGAUGGAGAGCUAUGACGUCGCGCGCCUCUCGGCCAACGCGGAUGUGGGCUACUACUCAUGGCGUUGUGCAAAGCCCAUCAAGAACAGAGAUGUGGUUUCUCUGCGUUCGUGGCAGGUGAAGGGGGACGAGUACACGGUGAUUAACUUCUCAGUCAAGCACCCGAAAUACCCCCCUUGCACUGGUUUCGUGAGGGCCAUCUCCAUCCUCACUGGAUAUUUCAUCAAGCCCACGGGGCCAAACAGCUGCACUUUCAUCUACCUUUCACAAGCCGACCCCAAAGGUUCUCUUCCCAAGUGGGUGGUGAACCAAGCGUCUCAAGUUUUCGCUCCCCGGGUGAUGAAGUGUGUGCACAAGGCGGGACAGAACUACCCGGAGUGGAAACGGCAGAACUCUCCCGGCCAGAAGCCCUGGCUGCACCCGGAGCAGAGCACCCUGCCCAUGAUGGACCCCGGCGAGCUGUCGAUACAGAGAGCCGACUCGCUGGAGAACAUGGAUGAGAGUCACAAGGUGGCCCUUCAGGACAGCGAGGACAGCAGCUAAAUGGCCCUAAAAGUGCUGAAAGGGGUGGGUGGUGGGGUGGGGGGGAGGUUGGAAGAGGGUGCCCCCGGAGGACAGACUGUGUAUAUACCCACAAGUUGAAUACGAGACCUCCGACCCGGGGAUGUCGCCCCGCUUUCCACAUCAGUGUGCCUUUUUUGGGGGGCGGGAUGAGCAAGAGCAUGAAGUGUUUACAGCUGUUUUAGCAGACGGAAACGAGCACGGAUCAAAUUGCCAUUUACCUCCAGUACACGUUGAAUUAAGCUAAACAUCUCUCCAGAAUUGUACAGACUUAAAGCUGCCGAAUGUGCUGCAGUUCCAGCAGUACAUUUACAAAUGGGUCAUCUCUCAGGCCUUUUGUUUGUUGCAGCUACGUACACAAACCCACUUUUUAGAUGAAGAAAUGAAUCGUGGUUGUCCACUUUGCCUUUACAAGUGACUGUGAAUGGAAAUGACAUUAGUUAAUGAGACCUGAUAGUCACUCUUGAUACUGUUAAAUCACAUUUAAUGGUCUGUUAGCAUCUAGAACAUUCUUGUUAACAUAGAACCUGUUCUGGGCGGGUUUGACCUCCGUCUUUUAGGCUGAAAGCCAAACAAAAAUGUACUCUCAUUCUAAAGCUUUUCUUAUUUUAUUGCCAACCAUUAGUUUUAUUUAGUCCUGAUCAGUGAGCAACCAUGUUUCUUUGUUCAGCGUGCAAUGCAGGAAGAUGGUUUGAAGGUUCCUUGUAUUUAUUUCUGAUGUUGUGCAAUCAAAGGUUUUGUCAUUCUGAAGGGAUACAGACCAGCAGGAGGAGCAGAUCAGUUGUAUCUAAAGAGUGAAAAUCUGUAUUAUAGCAAGUUUGCUUUUUGACUUUACCUGAGGAAUGACCACAAAAGAUAUUUUAUUUUAUUUAUUUGAAGUGAUGGAGUAAAGAUCUUUGGAUGUGGAAUGUAGUCUUGACUUUAAAAAAAAAAAGUUUAAUUUAAUGACUUAUUAACUGCAUUUCUUUUAAGACAAUCAGGUUGUACGAGAAACCGACUCAAAGUGGAACAAGUUGGUCCACUUAAACCAGAGCAAACCGGUCCAUUUCCAUCUGGUUCAGGCUCUUAAACAAAAGAGAAGGUCACCAGAGUUCAAAAUGUUUAUUUUGACCACGUCAAUGUGGUGCUAGAAACUACUUUGUCGUGAUGAGAUGGUGUUGGGAUGCAACACGCACAUAUUUUAAAAAACCCUGUUUACUGGCAUACUGCAUUGAAAUACAGAUGGUAUUAAAAUAUUUUCUAUACUUUU